UGCGGAAGUUGGCCUAGCCGGAGGAGACACUAGUGCGGACAGACAUUAUUGGGAAAGCUGUGGACCAUCACUGGGCGUUUUUCCCCCCCUCUUUUUCCGCCGCCGUUACGUGUCGUUUACCGGUGACUACCUCCGGGAUGACGUCGGCACGGCACGUCGAGCCAAAAGCGUCUCCCGCCCGGAGAUGUUACGCGGUGGAAACCGUUAGGAAGUGAGCAAUGACCGCAUUCCAGCAGCUCGUUUGGGCAAAUUAGCUGCCUCCGUGGAUUUAAUUGCAUGUGGAAUAUAAGCAGAAGAGGAUAAAACCCGUGAGGGUUUUUUUUUCACGCGAGACAUGCCCGGUCUAUGGAGCCGAACUGGGCGAGUCUAAAAAGGCUUUUUUUUUUAUUUUUUAUUAUUCCUAGUUUUAUUAUUUAUUGCUUUAUUUGGAUGCUUUUAAAGACGAGGAGCUGAUCAGGAGUCAUCAUGGGGGAGCCCAGCCUGGACGACUCCAACGUCAAGGUGGCGGUUCGUGUUCGGCCCAUGAACCGGAGAGAAAAGGAAUUGAACACCAAGUGUGUGGUGGAGAUGGUGAAGAACCAGACCAUCCUCAAUCCGGCGGGGGCCAACCUGGGCAAGAGCGACUCCAGGAAUCAGUCCAAGGUGUUUGCAUACGACUACUGCUUCUGGUCCAUGGACGAGUCGGACCAAGAGAAGUUUGCCGGUCAGGAAGUGGUGUUUCAGUGCCUUGGGGAAAGUCUUCUUCACAAUGCCUUCCUGGGCUACAACGCCUGCAUCUUUGCCUAUGGACAAACUGGUUCCGGAAAGUCCUACACCAUGAUGGGUUCUGGGGACCAGCCGGGCCUCAUACCCCGGCUUUGCAGCGCGUUGUUUGACCGAACCCAGACGGAACAGCGGGAGCAGGAGAACUUCACCGUGGAGGUUUCCUACAUGGAGAUCUACAACGAAAAGGUCCGGGAUUUGCUGGAUCCAAAAGGCGGCAGACAAACACUGAGGGUCCGAGAGCACAAAGUGUUGGGUCCCUAUGUGGACGGCCUGUCUCGGCUAGCGGUGGCGUGCUACAAGGACAUUGAGUCUCUGAUGUCGGAGGGGAAUAAAUCUCGCACAGUGGCCGCCACCAACAUGAACGAGGAGAGCAGUCGGUCGCACGCCGUCUUCAACAUCAUCCUCACGCACACGCUCACAGACGUGCAGUCUGGGACCAGCGGUGAGAAAGUGAGUCGUUUGAGUUUGGUCGACUUAGCCGGAAGUGAGCGAGCGGCAAAAACCGGAGCGGCAGGAGAGCGCCUGAAGGAGGGAAGCAACAUCAACAAGUCUCUGACGACCCUCGGUCUGGUGAUCUCCGCCCUCGCAGAACAAGGGACAGCCAAGAACAAGAACAAGUUUGUUCCCUACAGGGACUCGGUCCUGACAUGGCUGCUGAAGGAUUGCCUGGGGGGAAACAGUCGCACCGCCAUGGUGGCGACCGUGAGCCCGGCGGCGGACAAUUACGAGGAAACGCUGUCCACGCUGCGCUACGCCGACCGAGCGAAGAGCAUCGUCAACCACGCCGUGGUCAACGAGGACCCCAACGCUCGCAUCAUCAGGGAGCUCCGGGAGGAAGUGGAGAAGCUGCGAGUACAACUGACUCAAGCUGAGUCGCUGAAAGCGCCCGAGCUCAAGGAGCGUCUGGAGGAGUCGGAGAAGUUGAUUCAAGAGAUGACCAUCACGUGGGAGGACAAGCUUCGCAAGACGGAGGAGGUUGCACAGGAGCGUCAGAAGCAGCUGGAGAGUCUUGGCAUUUCCCUGCAGUCGUCAGGAAUCAAAGUGGGCGAUGAUAAGUGCUUCCUGGUCAACCUUAACGCGGAUCCGGCACUCAACGAGCUGCUGGUGUACUACCUCAAGGAGGACCACACCCAGGUUGGCUCUGCAGACUCCCAGGACAUCCAGCUGUGCGGGAUGGGCAUCCAGGCCGAGCACUGCGUCAUCGACAUCACAGGCAACACCGCCGUCACCCUCACCCCCUACCCCAACGCCCGGACGUGUGUAAACGGAUCCCCGGUGACCGCCGCGCUGCAGCUUCACCACGGCGACCGCAUCCUCUGGGGAAACAACCACUUCUUCAGGAUAAAUCUGCCCAAGCGGCGCACGCGGGCCGCUGAGGAUGAGGAGGGUGACGGCGGGGGGAUGAAGAAGAGCGGGAGCAGCGAGCAACUGGACGCGGACGGCGACACGGCCAGUGAGGUGUCCAGCGAAGUCAGCUUCUCCUACGAGUUCGCCCAGACCGAAGUCAUGAUGAAGGCUCUCGGCAACAACGACCCCAUGCAGAGCAUCCUGCAGUCCCUGGAGAGGCAGCACGAGGAGGAGAAGCGCUCGGCUCUGGAGCGGCAGAGGCAGAUGUACGAGCAGGAGCUCCAGCAGCUCCGGCGGAAGCUCAAUCCCGACCGCCUGUCCUCGGGCCACACGGCGCCGCCGGCGUGCGGCCAGCAGUCGCACUAUCGCAGCAUGGAGCGGCUCAGCGUGGGCGGCAUGAGCCAUUCCAACAGUGCCCAGAGCCGACUGAGACAGUGGAACGACGAAAGGGAGGCGGUGUUGCUGAGGAGUUUGCGGCGGUUGCGGGAGCAAAUAGUGCGAGCCAACCUCCUGGCGCAAGAAGCUUGCUUCAUCGCCGACGAGCUGGAGCGCCACACCGAGUACAGGGUCACCCUCCAGAUCCCCUCAGACAAUUUAAACGCCAACCGCAAGAGGGACGCCGUGCUCAGCGAACCGGCCAUCCAGGUACGGCGCCGCUGCCGCGGGAAGCAAAUCUGGAGUUUGGAGAAAAUGGAGAACCGCCUGGUGGACAUGAGGGAACUGUACCAGGAGUGGCAGGACUACCAGCACCAUGACCACGACAACCCAAUGAUGCGCUCGUAUUUCCGCCGGGCCGACCCCUUCUUUGACGAGCAAGAGAACCACAGUCUGAUUGGCGUCGCCAACGUCUUCUUGUCCUGCCUUUUCUACGACGUCAAGCUGCAGUACGCUGUUCCCAUCAUCAACCAGAAGGGGGAGGUGGCCGGACGUCUCCAUGUGGAGGUGGUGAGGGUGGGAGGGGCUUUAGAGGACAACAUUGCUGGGGGAGAUGAUCCUGACAACAACCUGGACUCUGAAAUCCAGGACCGCAAACUCGUCUGUAUGAUCAAGAUCCUGCAAGCCACCGGUCUCCCCCAGUACCUGUCCAACUUCGUCUUCUGCCAGUACUCCUUCUGGGACCAGCCCGAGCCCAUCAUCGUUGGUCCUGAGGUGGACCCCUCGUCCUCGUCGCCCAGCACCAAGGACCCACACUGCAUGGUGGUGUUUGACAGCUGCAAGGAGCUGGCCGUGUCCGUGUCCGAGGAUUUCAUCGAGUACCUGACGGAAGGAGCGGUGGCCAUCGAGGUGUUUGGACACAGGCAGGCCGACGCAGGCAGGAACCCCGCCUUGUGGGACCUCAGCAUCAUCCAGGCUAAGACCCGAACACUAAGAGACAGGUGGAGCGAGGUAACGCGGCGUCUAGAACUCUGGAUCCAAAUCCUUGAGAUUAACGAAAACGGAGACUUUGUCCCGGUGGAAGUCAUCCCUGGCAGAGACGUAAGCACCGGAGGAAUCUUCCAGCUUCGCCAAGGUCAGGCCAGGAGGAUCCAGUUGGAGGUGCGCUCCGUCCAGGACUCGGGCACCAUGCCUUUGAUAGCGGAGAUCGUGCUGGCGGUGUCGGUGGGCUGCGUGGAGAUCACGCCCACCAUAAACGGCCAGGAGGGAGACGACAUGGACAGUUAUCAGGAGCGAGACCUGGAGCGCUUGAGACGUCAGUGGUUGGCAGCUCUCACCAAGAGACAGGAAUACUUGGACCAGCACCUGCAGAGCCUUGUCAGCAAAGCAGAAAAAAGCGAGGACGACAUGGAGAGAGAGGCGCAGCUGCUGGAGUGGCGCCUGACUCUGACAGAAGAGCGCAAUGCGGUCAUGGUGCCCUCUGCUGGUAGCGGCAUUCCUGGCGCGCCUGCAGAAUGGGUUCCUCUUCCGGGCAUGGAGACUCACAUUCCGGUCCUCUUCCUGAACCUCAAACCCGACGACCUCAGCUCUCAGGACCAAUUCGAGGUUCCCGACGCGGGGGGCUGGGACGCCACGCUGUGCGGCGAAGACGAGGACGACUUCUUCGACCUGCAGAUUGUCAAACACUACGACGGCGAGGUGAAGGCGGAGGCGUCGUGGGACUCCACCGUGCACGAGUGCCCCCAGCUCAGCCGAGGAGGCGCCUGGCCCGACAACCGCGUGUUCCUCACCGUCCGAGCGGUGGUGCAGCUCAGCCACCCCGCCGACAUGCAGCUGGUCCUGCGGAAGAGGAUCUGCGUCAACGUCAACCCCGGGCGCCAGGGCUUCGCCCACAACUUCCUGAGAAGGAUGUCCGCCCGCAGCACCAUCCCCGGCUGCGGCGUCACCUUCGAGGUGGUGUCCAACAUCCCCGGGGACGCCCCCGGGACGGAGGACAGAGAGAUGCUGGCCCGCCUGGCCGCCAACGCCCACAGCAGCCAGUCAGCGGACGACGAGGCCGCCAUCGAGAAGUACCUGAGGAGCGUGCUCAGUCUGGAGAACAUCCUCACGCUGGAUCGCCUCAGACAGGAGGUGGCAGUGAAGGAACAGCUUGCUGCAAGAGGCCGAAGUAACAGACGGAGUAUCAGUUCCCCGUCUGUAAACCGGUUGUCUGGAAGCAGACAGGACCUGUCCACAACCUGCCUGCUGGAGGACAAGGGUCGAUGGGAGAGCCAACAGGACAUCUUCAUGCCCUCUCAGUUCCACCGCACCCUCCCCCGCCCCGCCUCCUCGCCCUCCACCUACUGCCCCCCCUCGUCCAGCCCGCCCUCCGCCGUCAUCGGCCCAAACGACCAGGAAGCAGAGCAAGGUCGCUCAGGACUCGCUGCCUCUUAUCUUUCAGUGAAGGCGUUGGUUCCUCAGAUGCCCAAACUGCUCAAGUCUCUUUUCCCGGCGCGGGACGACAAGAAGGGGCUGAGGCCGUCGCCGCACAGCCAGCAGGUGGGCAAAGAUGGCGGCCAGGGUGGCUCAGACACCGGCGUUGACGCUUGUUUGUCCGUCCCUCAGCACGUGCCCCGCAUCCUGUCGCCAGCAGGGGGCGACGAUGGCAAGAUGAAGGCGGACAACACGGCCGCCCUCCUGCGAGCCCCGCCCAGAGACCGACGGUCCGACCAGUCGGAAGUCCCGCCUCUUCCUGUGCAUGACCCGCAUGACAGCGCCCCCCUCAGCCCGCUCAGCCAGUCGUCCAGCGGCUACUUCUCCGCUAGCGUCUCCACGGCGACCCUGUCCGACGCCCUGCAGCCCUCGCCCUCCUCGUCCUCCUCCCUGCUCGCCGCGGACGCCGCCUCGCCCGCUCCCCCUCCUCCUCACCGCAACGGCGUGACCGCAGACGACUUCCUCUCCGUGCAGACUCCGGCGGACGGGGGGGAGCGUUGCCGCGACGACGCGGCGCCCGACUGGCUGGCGGAGGGCGUCCACGUGACCAUCGGGAGCAGCAAGGCGGGGACGGUGCGCUACGUGGGAGCCACGCAGUUUGCGGAGGGCGUGUGGGCGGGGGUGGAGCUGGACUCCCCAGUGGGCAAACACGACGGCUCGGUCGGGGGACGCCGCUACUUCCAGUGUCGAGCGGCGCACGGCGUGAUGGUUCGCCCCGACCGCCUGACGCGCCGAGAUCGCAACGGGCGGCGGACGCAGGACGUCGGCGCCCCGGGUCACGUCCCCGUCCUGAGAGGCGAGAACCGCAAGUCGUGGAGCAGCUGAGACGCCAUCUUGUAGCGUGAAGACAGGAAGUCAGUAGGAGGAGCCUUUUUCCCCUUCAGUUUGGGUUGGGGUUUUUUCCACCCAGAAUGCAUUGCUGCAGCCUCGCUCCACCUUCCCGGUCCUCCCACGGCGUGCCUUCAUGGGCCUGGUGCGGCGUGUGAGGCCACCUCAGGGACUGCAGGUUUGUGCCGCCACGCCACUUUUUGUGUUCCAACUGGGGGGAAAAAAUGACAUCGCUCUUAUUUUGAAAGGACUCUUAUUUUGGCGGGGAAGAGUUGUAAAAAUGAAGUCCACCACAAAAAAACUUUCCAGCGAACAUUCCAGAGACUUCAACUCGUGAUUUAUUUAUGGGCGUCAAUCUGACAAGUGGCAAGGCCCACUUCCUGCCGGCGGAUAGGCUCCGCCCACCGCACAGGAAGUCUUCCAUGCGGUGUUUGCCUGGCGACAGGAAGUGACGCUCGUUGGGCCUUCUCGUGUUAUUGAACUUUUUAUGCUGACGACUCGUCAAAGAGGCGGGUCGGUAAACUGUUGCUAUGACGACGAUAGCGACACAGAAGUACGGAGAUGAAAAUCACGCCGACGACGUUAGGAUCACGCUGGAGGAACGUUUUGUCGUAAUGUUACAGAAGUAAUGUCAAUGUUUUUACAAAUAUAACUUUAGUCUCAUAUAUAAAAAAAAUCAUUUUUUUUGCAAAUAUUUUUCUUGAAAAAAAAAAGAGUACGAAGUCGUACGAAUACGACUUUUUAUUCUGACAACUUUUUGCUUAUUUUUUCAUUACGACUUUAUACUUGACAUUUUUUCUCACCCUUUACAUGUUCUUGUUUGCAACAUUGCAAUGUUUUUCUCAUACGAUUACUUUUUUUCCCCGACAAAUAUAACUUUGACGGAGCAUUACGACGUUUUGUCACAUUACGACGUUUUGUCACAUUACGACGUUUUGUCACAUUACGAUGUUUUGUCUCAUUACGACGUUUUGUUACAUUACGACAUUUUGUCACAUUACGUUUUGUCACAUUACGUUUCGUCACAUUACGGCAUUUUGUCACAUUACGACGUUUUGCCACAUUACGACGUUUUGUCACAUUACGUUGUUUUGUCUCAUUACGACGUUUUGUCACAUUACGACAUUUUGUCACAUUACGUUUUGUCACAUUACGUUUCGUCACAUUACGACGUUUUGUCACAUUACGACAUUUUGUCACAUUACGAUGUUUUGUCUCAUUACGACGUUUUGUCACAUUACGACGUUUUGUCUCAUUACGACGUUUUGUCACAUUACGACGUUUUGUCACAUGACGUUUCAUCACAUUACGGCAUUUUGUCACAUUACGAUGUUUUGUCUCAUUACGACGUUUUGUCACAUUACGACAUUUUGUCACAUUACGACAUUUUGUCACAUUACGACGUUUUGUCUCAUUACGACGUUUUGUCUCAUUACGACGUUUUGUCACAUUACGACAUUUUGUCACAUUACGUUUUGUCACAUUACAACGUUUCGUCACAUUACGACGUUAUGUCACAUUACGACGUUUUGACUUUAUUACAGUUUUUUAAGGACUUUAGUUUUGUGACACUGCAACUUUUUCCUCAAACUUUAAUAACUUCGAAAUAAUAUGACUUUUUUCUCAUAUCACAAUUUUUUUCUAAAGUUACGACUUCCGUGUUGACUCACUUAGUUACGACUUUGUUCUUAUGAUUUUUUUUUUUUUCUUAAAAAUUAUUAUUAUUAUUGGAGGUUGAUUAUUAUGAUUCUGACUUAUCUUAAAAUGUAAAGACAAAUCCUAUAAAUAUUUUUAAUUACGACUUUUUUUUCUGACUUUUUUCUACAAAUAUACUUUGACUUUUUUCCUAUUUUUAACAAUUACGACUUCACUUCAAAAUUAUGACUUUCGUGUACGAACAAAAGCAUUUUUUUUCAGAUUGUUACAUUUUCUUAAAAAUAACUACAAUUUACAGACUUUGUCUUUAAAAAAAAAAAUUAUAAUUUGAUUAUUUUGUUGCAAGCAAAAAAACUUUACAAAAAUAAUUUUAUUAAAUUUAACUACUUUUUUCUUCAAAAUUCGAAAAAAUUACAAAAAAUGUUAUGACUUUUUUCCUAUUUUUAUCAAUUACGACUUAACUACAAAAUCGUGACUUUAUUGCAUGGAAAAAGUUUAUGACUUUUGUCCAACUUUUAUCAAGUAUUUUAUCAAGUAUUUACAAAAAAAUAUUUUUCUCAGACUAUUACAUUUACUUAAAAACAACAACUUUUUUUGCGACAUCGCAACUUUUUACGCGACGAACCUAACUUCGGCAUAAAACGACAACUUUUUUCUCAUAUUUCCGAACAUUUUGACUUCAGUGUCGUACGUACUUCCGACUUUGUUCUCGUGACUUUUUUUAUUGCCACUUUUUUCUUCAAAACUAUCACGUACGUGUACGAAAAAAGUUUACCACUUUUUUCCUAUUUUUAACAAUUACGACUUAACUUCAAAAUUAUGACUUCCGUGUACGAACAAAAGCAAUUUUUUUCAGAUUGUUACAUUUUCUUAAAAAUAACUCCAAUUUACAGACUUUGUCUUUAAAAAAAAUGUAUAAUUUGAUUAUUUUGUUGCAAGCAAAAAAACUUUAAAAAAAUAAUUUGAUUAAAUUUAACUACUUUUUUCUUCAAAAUUCGAAAAAAUUACGAAA